CGCACACUUCCUGAUUCAAAACAAGUGCACCGCAUCAAGAACACUGCUAGCUGGAAAACAUCUGCAGAUAAGAGAAUAACAAUGGCUCAACUCCAAAUAAUAGGUGACUCACACCAUCUCUUUGAGCUGAGGAUUGUCCUGCUGGGGGACAGAUAUGCUGGGAAGAGUUCGACAGGAAACACCAUCCUGAACAGAGAGGAGUUUGAGUUAAAGAGAACUGCUCAGUGUGUGAAGAGACAGAGAGAAGUAGCAGGGAGACACAUCACUGUGGUUGAAGCUCCAGGAUGGUGGAGCAAUAAACCUGUAGAGGAGAGCACUGAGUUACUGAAACAGGAGAUUGUGCUCAGUGUGUCUCUGUGUCCUCCAGGACCCCACGCUGUACUAAUGCUCAUACGUCUGGAUAGUGUUUUUAAAGAAAAUAAGGAAAAAAUGCUAUAUGGGUUUUUGGGGCUUCUUACUGACAGAGUCUGGAGUCACACUAUAGUUCUAUUCACCUGUGGAGACUGUCUGGGAGACACACCCAUAGAGCAGCACAUUGAGAGUGAAGGGAAGGAGCUCCAGUGGCUGGUUGAGAAAUGUGGGAACAGGUAUCAUGUUCUCAACAAUAAGAACAGGAGUGAUGACACUCAGGUCACAGAGCUGCUGGAGAAGAUAGAGAAGAUGGUGGCAGCAAACAGUGGACGCCAUUUUGAAAUGGACAGAGAGAUUCUACAGGAGGUGGAAGAGAAGAGGAGAGCAGAGGAAGAGAGAGCUAAAGAGAGGAUGACGAAGGUACAGAAACAGAAUGAGCACAUCAGAACAUGGAUAGGUGAUGCUCACCAUCUCUCAGAGCUGAGGAUUGUGCUGCUCGGGUACAGAUAUGCUGGGAAAAGUUCAGCAGGAAACACCAUCCUGAACAGAGAGGAGUUUGAGUUAAAGGGCACUGCUCAAUGUGUGAAGAGACAGAGAGAAGUAGCAGGGAGACACAUCACUGUGGUUGAAGCUCCAGGAUGGUGGAUUCAUAAACCUGUAGAGGAGAGCACUGAGUUACUGAAACAGGAGAUAGUGCUCAGUGUGUCUCUGUGUCCUCCAGGACCUCAUGCUGUACUACUGAUCAUGGACUGUAUUUUUAAAAAAUAUAUAGACAAAAUACUAGAUGGAUAUUUGGAGCUUCUCACUGAUAAAGUGUGGAGACACACUAUCGUGAUGUUCACCUUUGGAGACUGUCUGGGAGACACACCCAUAGAGCAGCACAUUGAGAGUGAAGGGAAGGAGCUCCAGUGGCUGGUUGAGAAAUGUGGGAACAGGUAUCAUGUUCUCAACAAUAAGAACAGGAGUGAUGACACUCAGGUCACAGAGGUGCUGGAGAAGAUAGAGGAGAUGGUGGCAGCAAACAGUGGACGCCAUUUUGAACUGGACAGAAAGAUUCUCCAGGAGGUGGAAGAGAAGAGGAGAGCAAAGGAAGAGAGAGCUAAAGAGAGGAUGAUGAAGGUGCAGAAACAGAGAGAGCACAUCAGAUCAUGGAUGGGUGACUCACAUUGUCUCUCAGAGCUGAGGAUUGUGCUGCUGGGGGACAGAUAUGCUGGGAAGAGUUCAGCAGGAAACACCAUCCUGAACAGAGAGGAGUUUGAGUUAAAGAGAGCUUCUCAGUGUGUGAAGAGACAGAGAGAAGUAGCAGGGAGACACAUCACUGUAGUUGAAGCUCCAGGAUGGUGGAGUAAUAAACCUGUAGAGAUGAGCACUGAGUUACUGAAACAGGAGAUUGUGCUCAGUGUGUCUCUGUGUCCUCCAGGACCUCAUGCUCUGCUGCUGAUUUUACGUGCGGACUGUGUUUUUAAAAAAAAUAAGAAAAAAAUGAUAAAUGGAUAUUUGGAGCUUCUCACUGAUGCAGUGUGGAGUCACACUAUAGUGCUGUUCACUUGUGGAGACCGUCUGGGAUCUAUACCCAUAGAGCAGCAUAUUGAGAGUGAAGGGAAGGAGCUCCAGUGGCUGGUUGAGAAAUGUGGGAACAGGUAUCAUGUUCUCAACAAUGAGAACAGGAGUGAUGACACUCAAGUCACAGAGCUGCUGGAGAAGAUAGAGGAGAUGGUGGCAGCAAACAGUGGACGCCAUUUUGAAAUGGACAGAGAGAUUCUACAGGAGGUGGAAGAGAAAAGGAGAGCAAAGGAAGAGAGAGCUAAAGAGAGGAUGAUGAAGGUGCAAAAACCGAGAGGGAACAUCAGAUCAUGGAUGGUGACUGAAGAUGAGAGAUCAGAGGCUUGGUCUUUGGCAAGUUCUGGGUACAUUUCAAUGUCAGGAUCUGACAGCAGUUCUGUUUAUGGGUCAUCACGUGCCAGCAGCUAUGAAUCUCUGACACAUGAUCCUAAACAUAUGCGACGUCCAAGAUACGGAAUGCCCAAAAAAAUAUCUUCAUUGCUACCUCUCUUCAGUUGGAAAAAACGAUUAUCAAAUCCAGGAGGCUCAACAAUGGAAAAUAGGUCAAAAAGUGAACCAAAUUACUACUCGGAGAAGGCCCUUUCUAGAGACCGUGUGAGUUCUUUUGAUUUGCUGGUAGAAGACUGUAGCUCAGCAUCUGCACCACACUCUUACACUGAACAAUUGUCUAUGGCUACUGUAAGAUUUAUUCCUGAAAUAGUUGAAAACAAUUCAGAAGUUAAGAAUACUAACUUGUACAGGUUUCAGUGUCCUCAUACUGGCCAGUUUCAGUGCAGAUUGACCAACCUUGUGUUUGAGAUGGAGGGGAAAGGGGAGGUGCUGUACAGAAUAGACUUCUGGGAUACCCGUCUGUUGGAUGGGUUAGGUCAGAUGGAGCCUGCUGGACCUCUGUACAAUAUCGACUGCUUUGAAGGUUCUAUCAGUCAUCUGCAUCUCCCACAUUGUGAAAUACAACAUGAGGAAGACCAGGCUGAACUGGUGGUGGCACAUUUCACUGGAGAAAAUAUAGAGGUCAUACAACCACUGAGAGUGACAAACACUCAUGUGAUCAUUUCCAUCCAAGACCUUUCCCUCUUUGGCCUUCUUAAAAAAAUAUUACCUCCUGGUCCCAUAAGUGCACAAGUCCUGCUCUUCUAUAAAGAAAUGAUGUGCAAGGAAAUCAGGAAAAAACUACACAUUCACUUACUGCCAGGAAAUGUGCCAGUUGAAGAGGUAGAAAAAAAGCAUAAAGUCGUCACAUACUUUGAGACCAGCUCCACAUGCCAACUUAUCGCAGGAAGAAAGUACAAACCUUCCUGUGAUCCCCAUGUAUCUGAGCCGAAGGUUGCCAGAUUUGUCCGUGACUAUGGCCCAAACUAUCACCCAACGUUUGUGGUUUUCUUUCAAGCUGAGGAUAUUACAGUAAGUAUUUUGGAUGAAGAUGGCGUAGAAGUGUGGGAACCACAUCAGAUCUUUCUUACAAGCGAAAAACCAGGACAGAGUACAGAAGCAAAUCCACUUAACAUGGAAACAGAGGCUGAAUUUGUGGAUGAACACAGACAAAAGCUCAUUCAGAGAGUUCCCUCAGUGAUGGAGAUAGUGGACUGUUUAAAAUGUAAAAACAUGAUCACUGCUGAAAUGUACAGCAGCAUGCAAACUGCAAAAAUGUCUCAGGAGCAAAUGAGGAUCUUAUACAGAGCUCUAGAUUCAGGAGGAACAGCAGUGAAAGCAGAAUUCUAUAAAAUCCUUCAAAAGAUACAGCCUUUCUUAGUGGAUGAACUGGAGGCUGGACCAAGCCAGAAGACAACUGCAGCCUUACAGAGGCUCUGUUUUUCUUUAACAGAUAACACAGACAACCUCUCAGAGCUGAGGAUUGUGCUGCUGGGGUACAGAUAUGCUGGGAAGAGUUCAGCAGGAAACACCAUCCUGAACAGAGAGGAGUUUGAGUUAAAGAGAACUGCUCAGUGUGUGAAGAGACAGAGAGAAGUAGCAGGGAGACACAUCACUGUGGUUGAAGCUCCAGGAUGGUGGAGGAGUUCAGCUGUAGCUGAGCUGCUCGAAGAGGAGAUUGUGCUCAGUGUGUCUCUGUGUCCUCCAGGACCCCAUGCUCUACUACUGGUCCUUCGUGUAGACAGAACUUUAAAUUUGAAUAACAGAAAAAUAUUUGAAGGACAUCUGAAGCUUCUCAGUGAGAGAGUUUGGAGACACACUAUAGUGCUCUUCACCUAUGGUGACUUGUUGAGAGACACACCCAUAGAGCAGCACAUUGAGAGUGAAGGGAAGGAGCUCCAGUGGCUGGUUGAGAAAUGUGGGAACAGGUAUCAUGUUCUCAACAAUGAGAACAGGAGUGAUGACACUCAGGUCACAGAGCUGCUGGAGAAGAUAGAGGAGAUGGUGGCAGCAAACGGUGGACGCCAUUUUGAAAUGGACAGAAAGAUUCUACAGAAGGUGGAAAAGAAGAGGAGAGCAGAGGAAGAGAGAGCUCUUCUGCCUAUGGGUGGGCAGGAGCAGAAUGGAGAGAUGAUCCGAUUUGCUAAACGGAGGUUGGGGGCUUCGUACGCCUCACGGAAAGGGGAGCAGCAGCGGUCCAGCGUGUGUGACUUUUGUGUACUGCAUGAGAUAUGUUGGAAGCACUUUGGGGCAACUUCCCUAAAGUCCCCAACAACAAUGGAGGCAGCCUCCAGCACAUGCCUGCAAGAGAUGAUUAGAUAUUCCAAGUCCAGGGAGCAGAAAGACUUGAUGAAGUGUACAUUCCUCCUGAUCACACCAAGCACUGUUCAUCAUAAAACAUACACCUCCCCGUUCAAUCGUCCUGGAGAGGUCUUUUGUUCUGUCUGCACGGUGCACAGAGAACCCCAUGGGCUCGAUGAUGGUUGUUUCCAUCACUCAGAGCUGAAGAUUGUGCUGCUGGACAUUGAGAGUGAAGGGAAGGAGCUCCAGUGGCUGGUUGAGAAAUGUGGGAACAGGUAUCAUGUUCUCAACAAUGAGAACAGGAGUGAUGACACUCAGGUCACAGAGCUGCUGGAGAACAUAAAAUCCAACAGUGAAAUGCAUUACCAAAGACUGGAAUACACAAAUGAAACAAACCGUCUCUCAGAGUUGAGGAUUGUGCUGCUUGGGUGUUUAGAAGCUGGGAAGAGUUCAGCAGGAAACACCAUCCUGGGCAGAGAGGAGUUUGACUCGCAGAGAACUGCUCAGUGUGUGAAGAGACAGAGAGAAGUAGCAGGGAGACACAUCACUGUGGUUGAAGCUCCAGGAUGGUGGAGUAAUAAUCUUGUGGAAGAGAGCACUGAGUUUCGUAAGCAGGAGAUUGUGCUCAGUGUGUCUCUGUGCCCUCCAGGACCUCAUGCCGUACUGUUGGUCAUACCUUUGGGCAUUCAGUUUACAGAGAAUGACAGAACAGCAUUGCAGAAACACCUGAAACUCCUUACUGAGAGCGUCUGGAGUCACACUUUAGUCCUGUUCACCUGUGGAGACUGUCUGGGAGACACACCUAUAGAGCAGCACAUUAAGAGUGAAGGGAGGGCCCUCCAGUGGCUGGUUGAGAUAUGUGGGAACAGGUAUCAUGUUCUCAACAAUGAGAAAAGGAGUGAUCACACUCAGGUCACAGAGCUGCUGGAGAAGAUAGAGGAGAUGGCGGCAGCAAACAGUGGACGCCAUUUUGAAAUGGACAGAGAGAUUCUGGAGGAGGUGGAAGAGAAGAAGAAAGUGGAGGAAGACAGAGCAAAAGAGAGGAUGAUGAAGGUGCAGAAACAGAGAAAGGACAUUCAAGCAAAAAUGGGUGACAAACAUCAUAUAUCAGAGCUGAGGAUUGUGCUGCUGGGAUACAGAUAUGCUGGGAAGAGUUCAGCAGGAAACACCAUCCUGAAAAGAGAAAAAUUUGAGUUAAAGAGAACUGCUCAGUGUGUGAAGAGACAGAGAAAAGUAGCACGGAGACACAUCACUGUGGUUGAAGCUCCAGGAUGGUGGAGGAAUGUACGUGUUGAAGGCAGUGAUGAGCAAAUUAAACAGGAGAUUGUGCUCAGUGUGUCUCUGUGUCCUCCAGGACCUCACUGUCUGCUACUGGUCAUACGUGUGGACUCUAAGUUAAAAACAAAACAGAGAAAAGCAUUAGAGGGACACCUGGAACUUCUCGCUGAUACAGUAUGGAGUCACACUAUAGUGCUGUUCACCUUUGGAGGCCGUCUGGGAGACACACCCAUAGAGCAGCACAUUGAAAGUGAAGGGAAUGCCCUCCAGUGUCUGAUUGAGAAAUGUGGGAACAGGUAUCAUGUUCUCAACAAUGAGAACAAGAAUGAUAUCACUCAGGUCACAGAGCUGCUGGAGAAGAUAGAGGAGAUGGUGGCAGGAAAUAACGGAUACCAUUUUGAAAUGGGAAAAAAUUUUAUGGAAAUGAGUGGGCCAGCAGAAAAUUUGAGAACAAACAAACAGAUAACGCCCAAGCAGAGAAAGAGGAAAUCCAAGUCUACUACGAUUUCCGAUGCUGAAUUUGUGGAUAAACACAGGGAACAGCUCAUUCAGAGAGUUUCCUCGGUAAAGGAGAUUGCAGACCACCUGAUGGGGAAAAUGACUAAUGAAAUAUACAACAACAUUGUAACUGCAACACCACAUCAGCAGCAAAUGAGGAUGUUGUACGUACAAGUGCUAAACCCAGGAGGAGCAACUGUGAAAGCUGAAUUCUAUAGAAUCCUAAAAAUCAAGCAACCUUACAUAGUGGAAGACCUGGAGGCUAGACCAGCAGGGCAUUAGUGGACUUCAACCUAUUAGUGGACUUCACACUAUUGAACACACCAAACACCUCAUUAGCUAAUAACAUAUUUGUAAUGUUUUAAACAGAUGUGGGAUUUAUGAACAUUAGCGGCAUUACAUCAGCCACUGCUACAAUAAGAGAUGCUCCAUAGUGAGCUCAUUUAUCAACAAAUACAUUUGAAACUUUUCGUUUAAACUGAUGUUAGCAGGUGCUGUAAGGUAUCAGUCUGUGCCUGGGCCCUCUGUUAAGCUCACAUUGGGAACAGGUAAGGCAAACAGACUCUCCUUGCUUUAGUAAGAACUGGCAUUGCCUGUGCCUGGCCUUACUUAAGAAGAGCGCUUGGGUCUUAUAUGGUUAGCAAGUGUAUUUGUAUUACCUAACUCAUGUAUAACCUCAUAUAUAACUCAGUUCUAUAUUUUGUAUAUGUUCAUCGCAAAUCAGUGUUUUUUUCUUGUAUGAUUAUGGCCACAUACAAAGAAAGAACACAAAACAUAUAAGGGACUCAAGCAAAUUCCAUAUAUGAAUAUUCGGUAAGACAAGUAUUAGCAUAAUACAUUAGUAAUAUGGUGAGAAAUGUUUUUAGAAUGGUAUGAUGAAAGAUGUAAGAUUUAUCCACAGUUUGUAUAUUAUCCCUAUAUUUUAUUUACAGUCAAUUUCAUAAUUUCAGUUUUAAACAUGUUCUUGAGGGUCUGGUAUUCAAUUUUUGUAUUAGUGCCUAUAAAGUUACUGCACUAGUUCUAUAUUAUUCACAGAGAUUUUUAUUUACCUUACAUUUCCAUAAAUAUUACACGAUAUUGUGUAUAAACAUACUGCAUUACAGUGACACAGUGACAAAAAAGCUUUAACUUGGUGUCCAGCUUAAAGAUACCAAUAUCAGUUAAUAAAAAAAAUCUUCAUCCCAAAGUAGUAGUUUCUUG